UGAGACAGCUAAACAAUGUCUUUCUGACUUCAAACCUGGCACAUUAACUGCCAGCACUCCGGAAACCUGCUAAGGGAUGGAUUUCAGUGAACUGAGGCUAUGCUCAAGAUGAUUUUGGACUCCUUCUACACUAAUUCCAGCCCAUAUCAAGAGGAGAGUUGCACAAAAUUAGAGAUUUCUGAGAAAACCCACCAGCUUAAUUCUCAAGAUCUUGUGGAUGCACCAGUUUCCGAAAAGAAAAAAGGAAAGAAGAAAGAAAUUUCUGAGAGCAAUCCCAUCACCAGUGAUUACCUGUUUAACGUCAGCAGCAAUUCGGACAAAGAUAAAGAUGUAAACAAACUCAUGGCUGCCUCCAAAGUGAAGUACACUUUCAAUUCCUAUGUAACCAACCAAACAAUAAGUGACCAAGACAAUCGAAGUAUACUGCAAAUACAAAAUCACCUCAGAGCUGUUCCCAUCCAAAACAUAACACCUGAAGGAGUGUUUGACAUAGGAAGAUACGUAACCCUACAACCUGCACCAAAUAAUAGAAUGGCCUCGACUAUAAAGAUUGCAAACACACAAUUGUUUGUGACCGCGAAGGGGGAAAAUAAACCUGUAGAGCUACAGGAAUUCCCCAACACGCCCACCACCCUUGAUUCUAACAGCCCAUUACUCUUCUACUGGACGACAGAGGGGAAUUACAGCACCUUUACCUCUCUCGCCUAUCCGGGACUGCUUCUGGCUACUGAUGUCAAGGAGGAUGAGCUGGUCUUCUUGGCAAAAGGACUCCCUGCUCUCACUGCCUUCCUAGUGGUAGAUCAAUAAAAGCACAGGUUUUCAGGGGAGGAAAA